ACACCCUCACCCCCACCUUCAUCUUCUAUAUAUCAACCAACUUUCUCACAAUGCACCCUUCAAAAUGGCAAGCCUAAUAAGACCCUCCAAGGACAAGGGCAUUGUUGGAAGGUUCAACCCUCAUGGCCGUUGCAAGAAGCACCCCAAACACCGUCAAUCACCUGGCGUGUGUUCCCUUUGUUUGAGGGACAAGCUUUCUCAACUAUCCACACCUUCUUCUUCUUCCUCUUCUUCACGUAAAAUAACCUCACUUUCUUCUUCUUCUUCUUCUUUGUCCUCCUAUGACUCCUCUUCUGUCUCUUCUUGUGCCUCUCCAUCAACGCUUCCUUUCCCUCUUGAGCCAACAAAGAGUGCUUCCAACUCGGUUUCCAUCUUUCUCUUGAGUGCCAAAAACGGUGGAGUCCUCAAAAGUAAGUCAAUGAGCGUUGUUGCCACGAGGAGAAGAAAAACAAGAGAAGGUGAUGAUGAUGAUAAUGAUGGUGGUGGUGGUAAUAUGAAGAGUGUCAAGAAAAGUGGGUUUUGGUCCAAGUUGCUUCAUCCUAAAACCAAGAGAUCAAUGGAGGGAAAGAUCAAGGGCAAUAGCACUAAGCAGCUAGUUCAUACUAGGUCUCUUUUACAAACUGUGACAUAGUCAUAUCAUAAACUAUUCAUUUCUAAUUAAUAUUAGUCAUUCAUUCUUUUUUUCUUAAUUUUUUUCUCCCACCUCUUUAAUUUUUGAGUGGAUUAAUUAUAUAUUGUGCUGUUGGAUAUUAAUUAGUUCGUCUUUCAGAUUUCCUUUCCGCAAAAGCAGGGUAGAAAAAUAGAGAUCGACCUUCUUGUAUUGCAAUUUAAUUAUGCUUGUGUUUUGUACAUAAAUUAACGCUUUUUGGAUCGUUAAUGGAGAGGGAGAAAAGGCAAAUAUAUGAAUAUGUAUAAGUAGAUGUACGUAUAUAUAUUAAAUUUUGCACGGAUCAAUAUG